GAGUCUGUUGUAGCAGGAUAAGCCCGCAGUUCAAAGGAACUGGUCAAUUGGAUUUGCAUAACAGAAACCUGGAGAUUUCUAAAACUGAGUUUUAAAACUGGCAGCUCAUCAACCUCCCCCCUACUUCGUGUUUUUGCAGAAUCCCUCCCUGUACUAAUUUCCUCAUAGCUGUUCGUAUUUCCUGCUCUAGGAUUUACUUUUUUUUUUUUUUUAAUUCUUCCAGGAAAGAGAAAUCAAGACAACCUCUUCUCUAGGAGGGAGGUGGUUGGUAUCCUAAGCGGUGUGAGAAGAUCUACUUUGAUCCAAACCAGGUGUGGUCUGGUUUGAGUUCAUUCCAGCCUGGGUCAAGCAACUGACCACAAGAUGUUUUUUCGGUUUGUGUGCUGUCUUGUGGUUGUGUGGCUGAUUUCUGCCUCAGAUGAGAGCUGUCCAGAAUUUCCCUCCGUGGAAAAUGGCAUAAUUGUUAUAGAGGAGGCAGAAGGACAAGUUCUGGGAACUUCUAUUUGCAUCAAGGGCUAUCACCUGGUAGGAGAGAAAAUCCGUUUUUGCAAUGCCUCUAUGGAGUGGAAUGCUCCAGUUCCCACAUGUCGACUGGGCCACUGUCCUGACCCUGUGCUGGUGAAUGGCAAACCCAGUUCCCUGGGUCCUGUGAAUGUGAGUGACAAAAUCACGUUUAAGUGCAAUGACCACUACAUCCUCAAGGGCAGCAACUGGAGUGAGUGCCUGGACAACCACACUUGGAUGCCUCCCUUACCCGUCUGCAAAAGCAGAGACUGUGGCCCUCCUGGGAAUCCAGCUCAUGGCUAUUUUGAAGGAACAGAUUUCAACUCAGGAUCUACCAUUACUUAUCACUGUGAAGACAGGUACCGCUUAGUAGGCACGCAGGACCAACAGUGCAUUGAUGGGGAGUGGAGCAGCGCACUUCCAGUCUGCGAGUUCAUCCAAGAAGCUCCCAAACCAGCUCCACAGACUGGUUUUGAUAAGGCACUUUUUGCCUUUCAGGAGAAUAAAGAACUUUGCAAAGCCAUAAAGAGCUUUGUGCAAAGACUAAAGGAGAAUGGCUUAACGAUGGAGGAACUAAAAUAUUCUUUGGAAAUAAAGAAAGCUGAGUUGGAGGCAAAAGUGUUGUCCUGACAUUGUAGCUGAGCAGCCUGGGUAAUAGAAAUGCACCUAUGAAUAAAUUUUCUCUUGGUUCUACAA